AUGAAGGAGCUGGCGAGGCUACGGCGCGACGUCGAGGCUGCGCGGCGCACGUGCGUCGCCAGCGCCACCACCGCCGCUACCCAGCUCGCGCCGGAGACCACCGGCCCCACGGCGGGGCAGGGUCCGCUGGACUCGCGGCUCUUGCUGGCAGACAGCUUGAGCCUUUCCACCAAGAUCGAGAUGAUGGAGGGCCACCUCUUUUACCACGUCGCCCGGUCAAGCUCUGCGCCGACGGCGGCUGCGCAAGAGGCGGCGAGCGCGCCGUCGCCGGCCCCCAAAGCGGCGGUGGUGGAGGCGGAGGGGGUGGUCGACGUUGCGGUGGAUGAGUCGGACCUCAUGACCUGGACCGUCCAGAUGGCAAUGCCUCGGGACUCGCCUCUCGGCGCAGACCUCGCCUCCUACGCCGCGGCCGUCAGGGGGGGCGGCGGUAGCCUCGCCGCCACCGCCCCCCUCGCCGCCACCGACGCGCCCGCCACCGUGACGCUCGAGGUCGAGAUGCCGCCCAACUUCCCCGCGGCGCCGCCCUUUGUGCGGGUGGUCGCGCCGCGCUUCGCCUUCCACACGGGCCACGUCACUGUCGGCGGCUCGGUCUGCACGGAGCUGCUCACAUCGGCGGGGUGGCGCCCCGAGUACACCCUGCGCAGCGUGCUCGUGCAGGUGCGCGCCGCGAUGAUUGCGGGUGGCGGUCGGCUGGACCCGCGCCGGCCGCAGGUGCCAUACUCGAAGGACGAGGCGCGGCGGGCCUUUUGGCGGGUGGCGCAGCAGCACGGCUGGGAGCGGCCCGGCUCAGGGCAUUGA